AACGUUCGCCGGGAAUUUAUGCUUAUGGCUUCUGUAAUCAGAUAAUACAAUCCAAUUUCCCCAACCCAGGACGUGAGAUGAUGUGCAGGAAACAUAGUUUCGGCGAUAAAUGAUUUUGGUACAAGAUUAGAAAAAGAUGAUUACUUCAAAACAGCAAUACAGUUAAGAAUUAUGUGAAACCUAAUCGUUGAAGAAUACGUUUAAGAAAAAAAAUCCCAGGCCGAAGGCUGUGGGUCUGUGAGUUAUAUUAUUCAAUUUUAAAUAAUUACUACAUUGCAUCUUCCUCUACCACAAUUACAAUGAGAACAACAACUGUAUUUUGCAUAUGAAUAUUCCCCGAAAGAAAUAAAAGUUCCUCGCAAAGUAACAAAUUUCCAGUUUCCCUUUUUCUCAUCAUCCGUUGAUGUUGAUUUUUCAAACAGGUGUGGAAAUGUUGAGAAUAAACUGUCACAAUAGAUGUCUUCCGGUGGUCACUUGGUGAAAGAGCGCCAACGCUAUUGACGUUUCGAAUAUUUACGUUUCGUUAUGUGUACAAACAUCGGUAUUUCGGUUUGCGAACUCAUUUUUUCAACGGGACUGGUUGGAUGUUACGAUUAGCAAAAGCCUCAAUUUCCUUGAUAAAACUUUGUUCCCCAUCUCGCGCCUUAGCUACUGAAUGUAGAACCAAAAUGAAAUAUUUGAACGUGGCGGAAAAAAACGAUGCAGCGAAAACGAUUGCCGGUUUGUUAUCGCGUGGUUCAUCGCAAAGGCGAGAAGGCUAUUCGCCGUACAACAAAAUUUACGAAUUCAGCUACAAUCUACACGGGCAAAACAUUCAAAUGAUAAUGACAUCCGUAUCGGGCCAUCUGUUGACACACGAAUUCCUACCGAGCUUUCGUGGAUGGCAGAGCUGCAAUCCGGAGGAUCUGUUCGAUGCCCCGGUACGGAAACGCUGUCCGGAACAGUUUGAGAAAAUUAAGAAAACACUCGAACGGGAGGUACGCGGAUGCUCUGCACUCAUCAUUUGGACCGAUUGCGAUCGAGAAGGUGAAAACAUUGGCUUCGAGAUAAUAGAGGUGUGUCGAGCGGUAAAACCACAGUUACGGGUUUUACGGGCGAAGUUUUCCGAAAUCACCGCCCCAUCGAUUAAGCGUGCCGUCGAAAAUCUGAUCCAGCCCGAUGCUCGACAAAACGAUGCGGUUAAUGUGCGCAGUGAGCUCGAUUUGCGAAUCGGUGCCGCUUUUACCCGCUAUCAGACGUUGCGAUUGCAGAAAGCUUUUCCACAAGACAUAUCGAACAAUCUUGUGUCGUACGGUAGCUGCCAGAUACCAACACUAGGUUUUGUAGCGCAACGCUAUAAGGAAAUAGAAAAUUUCAUACCACAACCGUUUUGGAAAAUAAAACUGACGCACACGAUCAAUGAAUUAACAGUCGAGUUUCAUUGGUCACGAAAUCGUCUUUUCGACAAGCAAUGCUGCGAGGCAUAUUUGAUGCUGUGUCAAAACAAUCCGGUUGCGAAGGUCGUGAACGUUACCCAGAAGCCGAAGAACAAGUGGCGCCCAACACCAAUGGACACAGUGGAGCUAGAGAAGUUAGGUUCGCGUAAGCUCAAGAUGAACGCCAAACAAGUGAUGACUAUUGCAGAGAAAUUGUAUACACAAGGUAUAAUCAGUUACCCCCGUACCGAAACGAAUAUGUUUACCGGCGACAUGAAGUUAGCCCCGCUAGUACAGGCCCAGGUCAGCAGCGAUAAGUGGGGCGCAUUUGCUGGAAAAGUGCUCCAAUGGGGCGUCAAUCCAAGGAAUGGUAAAAAGUCCGAUCAAGCCCAUCCCCCUAUACAUCCGACCAAACUUCCGACUAACCUGUCCGGUGAUGAAUGGCGCGUGUAUGAGCUGAUUGCACGGCACUUUCUCGCUUGUGUCAGUCGCGAUGCAACCGGUUCGGAAACAAUCGUCAAUGUGAUCGUCGGUGAGGAGGAAGAAUUUACCGCAUCGGGACUGUGCAUCCACGAGCGAAAUUAUCUCGAGGUAUAUCCGUACGAUCACUGGAACGCGAAGGAAAUACAUUCGUACCAGGUUGGGCACAUGUUCGAAGCGACCGAGCUGGGUCUUCACGAGGGCUCAACGACGGCACCGAAUAUGCUGACCGAGGCUGAUCUGAUUGCACUGAUGGAAAAACAUGGCAUCGGUACUGACGCAACGCACGCCGAACACAUCAACACGAUCAAGGAGCGCGGCUAUAUCGGUGAGCGUGAUCGUGGCUUUUUGGUUCCCGGUACACUCGGUAUGGGGCUGGUGGAAGGUUACGAAAUGAUGGAAUUGCGUCUGGCCCAUCCCGAGCUGCGAGCCGGUCUCGAAGUCGACCUUAAGCUGGUGUGCGAAGGCCGUAAAAAUGCUAACGAUGUACUAACGGAACAGAUUUCCAAGUACAAGGAGGUGUACCGGAUUAUGUCCCAGAAGGCACGAGCACUCGAUCGUGCGUUGGGACAGCGGCUAAAUCAAACACCACGGGAUCCACCACCAGAUGGUGGCGGUGUAUCCGUAACAGCAGCGGCUCCAAUGAGGGAAGUCUGCAAAUGCCCAAAAUGUGGUAGUAAGAUGUGCCUUCGAAGCAAGCGUGAUUCUUCCGGGUACUACCUCGGAUGCAUUGCUUUCCCAGAGUGUAGGAACAAUGUAUGGUUCGACGAUACGAUACGUGAAAUCAACGUACUGGAUGAUACGUGUCCUCGCUGUGGAAGCAAGAAGAUAUCCGUGAAGUUCCGCAGUGCACGCUUUUAUGCGUUAUUGCAAAGUGCGGACAUGGAAGAGUAUCGUUUCUGCAUCGUGUGUGAUGACAAAUUCCGAAAUUUAUUCAACAUUAACGAAUCCAGCGUGCGUGUGGUUGAACGUGCGAACACGACCUCAAACGUCGCGCCCGUACCCGUGGUCGCACAAUCUGCGCCCAGCAUUCCGGCAGGUUCUUGGGGCUCUGGCAACUUAUCGGAACGCCGACCAUCACAAACGUCCAACUCAAGCAGCAGCGGAAUGGGACGAUCGAACACGAGCACAGCAGGCAGCAACUCCUGGGGAACAGGACAUUCUACUAGCACCUCGAACAACUGGGGUGGAAGUCAAUCAUCUAAUCGUGGUGGAUCAACAUCUACCUGGGGGAAACCGGCAAACAAUCGAAACGAUGGUCCAGUGCAUCGGGGUAGUGGAUUUGGAGAUGGAGGAACUAGAGAAAACGCUUGGAAAAAUACAUCCAACACUUCAUGGAAUGCUGCCGAUGAUAAUGCCGAUGUAAUGUGCCGCUGUGGUACGCCAGCAUCACGCUUUACCGUGAAGAAGGAUGGCCCCAAUAAGGGAAGACCGUUUUUUUCAUGUCCCAAUCAGGCCAGCUCGUGUGGCUUCUUUAAAUGGGGUGAUGAAAAUAUGCCUCCCGCGUCAACGAAUGGGUCUUCCGCUGGUGGGUCAAUUAGUUGGGGCUCUGGAGGAGUAAACACGAGUGGUUCCAGCUGGGGACGCAGUAGCAACGACACUACGAAUAAAACAUCAAAAACGGCUCGAAAAUGUGGUAUCUGUAGACAGGAAGGACAUACCAAAAACAAAUGCCCACAACGAGGUGACUCGACAGAUUUUUGAUUAAAUAAAGCGGAACGGUUGAAGUGAUCUUUUAAAUAA